UUUAUGCGGAAAUAAUAAAUUCGUAGAGUUUCUGGGGACCGUCUCGCAAUUUGGAGCUCCGUUCCGGCGAUAACGACGAGAGAUGUUGCUGUCGAAGAUACCGCUUCUCCUCAGAAAUGCCACCGUCGUGCAACACGGACCGGCGUGUCCCGGUGGUCUCGCGCGAGGAUGUCUACGAAACGCACCCGCCGUGACACUUUGCACGUCGACGCAACGAGAGCAGGACGAGCAGCAGCGGGACUCGACGACGAAAGAGCUCGUUCUUUCGAUAAACACGGCCACGCCGGACAAGUUGUACAAAAAAGUCGAGGUCGAGGUCAGAGGGAACGACCGAGCCGUGUUGAAAAGCUACGGAGAAUUCGCAGUGAUGGCCGCGGGCCACUUGAAUAUCAACGUAGGCAGAAACACGGCGCCGCACAAAGCGAUCCACGAGCGCUGGACGGUGCUGAAGUCCGCGCACGUUCAUAAAAAGCACCGCGUACAGUACGAGUUCAGGACUUACUAUCGCUACCUGGACUUUUUAAAAUUGACCGGGUCGACGGCGGACACUUUUCUAGAGUAUCUUCAGAGAAACCUGCCCGAAGGGGUGGCGAUGAAAGUGACAAAGAUUGAAAUGGAGAAGUUGCCCGAGAGCAUAGCUGCGAUGUGCAACACGUAGCUACAGUCUGUAACUAUAAAUAAUUGUUUCCAUAAUCCAUAUUGUAGAUAAUUUGUCGAUAUAAACUGUAAAAAGAA